GUCCUAGGGAGCUUCGGGUACACACCGCUGAUGCCUUCAACCUCGCGACCCUGACGACACAGACUGCGCCCGAAAGGAUUUCGUCAUCCGCCAGCUCGCCCAACCUUCCCGCCAGCUCGGGUCGUCCAAAAUGACGGCUGCGUCGCAAUCCCCCGACCGAUAGCUAUCACGAUACCACCAGGCUUCCCCCACCAACCAUGGGUCAAGGGUUCUCGCUCGCGACGCCGUCCGUCGGCUCCGCGGGCAUCGACGCCGCAGAGCUCAGCGAUGUGCACUAUGAGAAGAGCAUCGGCGACGCGCGCUUCAUGAAGACCAUCCGCGGCCGCCACGAGAAUGGAUUGGUCCUCGUCAAGGUGCUCGUGAAGCCCUACCCCGAGGUCAAGCUGGAGACGUACAAGAAGCAGAUCAUAGAGCAGCGCAAGGCUCUGGCCGAUGUACCCAACGCCCUCGGCUUCCAGCGCAUCAUCGAGACCGAAUCCAAUGGCUACCUCGUUCGUCAAUACCUCUACAGCUCCCUCUACGACCGCCUCAGCACACGACCGUUCCUCGAGGAUAUCGAGAAGAAAUGGCUAGCCUUCCAGCUCCUCUGCUCUCUCCGCGACUGCCAUGCGCGGGACGUCUACCACGGCGACAUCAAGGCUCAGAACGUUCUCGUCACUUCCUGGAACUGGUUGUACCUGUCCGACUUCUCCUCGGCAUACAAGCCCAUCAUGCUCCCAGACGAUAACCCUGGCGACUAUUCCUACUUCUUCGACACGUCAAGUCGGCGCACUUGUUACAUUGCCCCCGAGCGAUUCUAUGCCUCUGGAGAGGCGCCUCCACAGAAGCCGAAAAUGACAUGGGCUAUGGACAUAUUCAGCGCUGGAUGCGUCAUCGCCCAGAUGUUUCUUGAAUCCGAGAUCUUUAGCCUUGCACAGCUGUAUAAGUACCGCCGUGGCGAGUACGACCCUGUCAUUACGCACUUGAGUGUCAUCUCCGACAAGGACGUUCGUGACAUGAUAUCCCACAUGAUUCAGCUCGACCCAGAGAAGCGCUAUUCCGCGGAGCAAUAUCUCGAGUUUUGGAAGGGAAAGGUUUUUCCAAACUACUUUUACAACUUUCUUCACCAGUACAUGGAGCUCAUCACCGAUCCAUCAUCGGGAAACAGCCCCAUGUCGGGCGCGAUGAAGAACCUUGGAGAGGCUGAUGACCGGAUAGACCGCGUUUUCUACGACUUUGACAAAAUUUCCUACUUCCUUGGGUAUCAACCCGAAAAGCGCAUUUCAAACGCCUUGCAAUCUUCUUCAAGACUCGGCCUGUCUCAUUUCCCAGUACGGCUAAAUAUCCCCAACCACGAUCACUCCGUGUCCUCAGACUUGGAGCCGCCAGAAGAUGAUGGAACCUUGAUAUUCCUUACUCUCAUUGUAUCCUCAAUGAGAAACACAGCCCGCGCUUCGUCAAGGAUUAGGGCAUGCGACGUGCUCUUAGCUUUCUCGGAGAGACUCACGGAUGAAGCCAAGCUGGACAGAGUGUUACCAUAUCUAAUGACACUUCUUCGACCGGAGGAGACUGAUUUGGUCGUCAUCGCUGCUAUUAGAACAAUCACUCAGCUUCUGCAGCUUGUUCAAAUGGUUACACCGAUCAACUCGCAUGUCUUGGUGGAGUACGUGCUGCCUCGAAUGGAAGUGGCUCUCGGAUCCAGGUCAAAGAUCCCGAGCCCUCUGGUCAAGGCAACAUACGCAUCGUGUUUGGGAAGCCUUGCGACUACCGCACAGCGAUUCCUCGAGAUGGCGUCGAGCUUGAGGGCUGAUGGUUCGAUGCCCGUUGCUGAUCCCGAGAUAGAGCCCGGAGCAGACGCGGAAGCUAAUUUUGAGAGCGUCUUUGAUAACGCCGGAAGGCAGCUUUUCGAAGUUCUAGAGAGCCAUACCAAGCAACUGGUUGAAGACCCAGACAUAUCGGUCCGCCGAGCUUUCUUGGCGUCAGUCCCUGAGCUCUGCAUGUUCUUCCAAGAACAUUCCAACGACGUCUUGCUCACUCACCUAAACACAUAUCUGAACGACCGCGAUUGGGCGUUGAAAUGUGCCUUUUUUGAUACGAUCGUGGGCAUCUCGACAUUCAUUGGAAGCACCAGCCUUGAAGAGUUUAUGCUACCACUGAUGAUCCAAGCCCUUACCGACCCUGAAGAGUUUGUGGUUCAGGCAGCUCUGCAUUCGCUUGCUCAACUUGCUGGUCUUGGUCUCCUUUCGAGACCAAAGGUCUGGGAGCUGGCCGACCUUAUCAGCCGAUUUACCAUGCACCCAAACAUCUGGAUACGAGAGGCCGCCACCGAGUUCCUGUCCAUGUCUGCAAGAUUUUUGACCGUUGCUGACGUUAGAUGCAACUUGGUGCCUCUGGUGAAGCCGUACAUGAAGGUGGAAGUUCUGUCCGACUUUUCAGAGCUGAAUCUCCUUGAUGCCUUGAAGAGGCCGCUUUCUCGGAACGUAUUUGACCAGGCAGUCACAUGGGCCCUUAAGACGGAUCGAGGUGUUUAUUGGAAACCGCUCCAGCAACUUCGACCUUUACUAUUUGGCUCAAAGAGUUCGCGAUCGUCUAGGGACUUCUCUGCCGGAUCAGUCGGAAAGGUGGCUCGCAAUGACGAAGAUGAGCAGUGGUUUGCGAAACUGAGAAACCUCGGAUUGAAACACGAGGAUGAGCUGAAGCUCGAUGCGCUCAGGGAGUUUAUCUGGCGUCUUAGUAAGAUGAAGGCGCGAGACGCUUCAACGGCGGAAAUAUCGACACCAUCAGGAGUCGUCUCUCUGAAGACCUUGGGUGUCGCACCCCAGACGGUGUUUUUUAACGACGCACCCCUUCGCGAUCCCACGGCUGUGCCGAAUCUUGACCCCCCGACUGAACCUUACACCAUUGCUGAUGCUCUUCUGGAUGCCUCGAUGACCAUUGACGACCCGAUUAGCGGAAGAAAGCGGACAGCCCUCAACACACAAAAGGGCCGAGUGCUGAGCGGUGGGCCACGUUCACCACAGAGGCUUUUAUCACCCACUUCUGCUGGUUCUGCGAGACAUUCUAGAAACCCAUCCACAGCACGCGGGCAGGUGGUGGCCGAUGAUGACGUGUCCAUUCAGGAAGAGCCAUACGCAACAAGGAGAGCAGUCCGACAUCAGGCGAGUGCUUUGAGUCUCCUUGAUCGAAAAGACAAGAACAAAUCGGUCCCCCAGACAGGCACAACAGAUGCGAAUGCAUUUGGCGAAGUUGAAGGACCCUUUGCACAACCCACGCCCCCAAAGGCGCCUUCGUCAGAUGGCAACGAAGCAGAGAGGACAACUCCUAGGCUGUCGAGGCAUAGCUACGAAGGGGGUGACCCGAAUAUCCAAAGGAUGCUUGACAACAUGUUUGUGGAUAACUUCCCUCGCGAUGUCAUCGAGUUCGGACCGAUGGUCACCCCAAUCAAGCGCACAAAGGCGAACAGGAUUAGUCUCCAGCCAGGUGAAGAUCCCUGGAAGCCCCAAGGACAACUCGUUGCGACAUUUGGAGAGCACAAAGGUCCCAUCAACAGGGUCUUGGCCUCUCCUGACCAUGUCUUCUUCGUCACUGGUGGUGAUGACGGUGCCGUUAAGGUAUGGGAUACUGCGCGGCUUGAGCGAAACAUUACCCAUCGCUCAAGACAAACACACAAGCAUGUCAACGGAGCUCCGGUUGUUGCACUGUGCUUCAUUGAGAACUCGCAUUGUUUUGUGAGCUGCGCGGGCGAUGGAAGUGUCCAUGUUGUUAAGGUCGAUACAGUUUCUGCCAGCGGGGUAAUCAGGUAUGGCAAGCUGCGUGUUCUGCGAGAGUAUCAGCUGCCCACAGACGAGUUUGCGGUUUGGUGCGAGCAUUUUAGGCAGGAUUCGAGCUCCAUUCUCAUCCUCGCUACGAAUCGCUCAAGGAUUUUGGGCAUCGACCUCAGGACCAUGAGCCUUCUCUACGUGCUUGAGAAUCCUGUUCACCAUGGAACGCCAACAUGCUUUUGCGUUGAUAGGAAGCGAAACUGGCUGUGCGUGGGAACUUCGCAUGGCGUGGUGGACCUAUGGGAUCUCAGAUUCAAGAUGAGACUCAGGGGCUGGGGUCUGCCAGGUAAGGGCUCAAUUUACCGGAUCUGCAUCCACCCCACCAAGGGCCGUGGCAAAUGGAUUUGUGUAUCCGGUGGAACAGGCCAAGGAGAAGUGACAGUCUGGGACUUGGAGAAGACCGUGUGCAGAGAGAUUUAUCGCACUGGCGGUAAUAAGGAUGCCAGCAAGGAUAGCCCAAAGACCUACGAGGCAUGGGAUGUUGACGAAGAUAAGCCAGAAGGAAUGCUGGGGCGGUAUGCUACCAACAUUGAGUUCAACGAAACCACAAACGCCGAUCGAGGAGUUCGGGCCAUGAUCGUGGGAACAGCUGCCGCUGAGGACUCUCGGGACGUCCGGCACGCAUUCAUCGUCACAGGUGGAUCAGACAAGAGACUCCGGUUCUGGGACCUAUCUCGUAUGGAGAGUUCGUUCAUCUACAGCGGGCUUCUGCCAGAUCAGUCUAAACCGACCUACACGACAUCUCACCCCACGGCGGCAUUGACGCUGAACACGGAGCGAUUCCCGCGGCAGGGACCUACUGCACCGAACGCAGGGUCCGGGUCCAAGGCAAAGUCUUCGAGUGCACGACCGCCGCGGUCGACGGUGAUUUCGAUGCAGCAGCAGCAACUUCUGCAGACACACAUGGAUUCUAUUUUGGACGUGGCGUUGCUGGAGUACCCAUACACGAUGAGCGUUUCGGUGGACCGGUCAGGAGUUGUAUUCGUGUUUCAAUAGAACUGGGGCACAUAUGGAACAGGCGGAGGAUUGGAAGGGCUUCAGAUCCUGCGGGCGAAGACGUUGUAAUUAUUGCGGAGGGUUAUUGAUACUGGAUAGAGUAUGAAUACACGUCUGAACGAGGCCCCUGGUUCUUAUAACCCCCCCUCUUGGUUGAUUUGACGAUCGUUAAUUUCAUGUGGGCCAUACUUUCUGAAUUUUCUGAUUCAUAAAAUAAACCUCUAAAUCGAUACAGGAAUAAGGAAGUUGAGAC